AUGCCUUGGUUACCCCGCGCCGCGCUCCUCUGGGACGUGGUCCUGGGCUUUUUGGGCACCGCCGCCUUCCUGAUCGACCUGGGCGCCGACCUGUGGGCCGCGGGCCAGUAUGUGCUCAGCGGCCGCUACCUGUGGGCCGCGCUGGUGCUGGCGCUCCUGGGCCUCGCCUCGGUCGCACUGCAGCUCUUCAGCUGGGUUUGGCUGCGCGCCGACCCCGCUGGCUUGCACGAAUCGCAGCCCCCCGGCCGCUGCCUGGCGCUGCUGCACCUCCUGCAACUGGGCUACCUGUACAGGUGCGUUCAGGGGCUGCAGCAGGGGCUCCUGGUGUGGCAGCAGGAGGCGCCCUCUGAGUUUGACCUGGCUUAUGCCGACUUCCUGACCAUGGACAUCAGCAUGCUGCGGCUCUUCGAGACCUUCUUGGAGACGACGCCACAGCUCACGCUGGUGCUGGCCAUCAUGUUGCAGAGCGGCCGGGCCGAGCCCUACCAGUGGGUCAGCAUUGGCACGUCCUUCGUGGGCAUCUCGUGGGCGCUGCUUGACUACCACCGGGCCUUGCGCACCUGCCUCCCCUCCAAAUCGCCCCUGGGGCUGGGCUCCUCUGUGGUCUACUUCCUGUGGAACCUGCUGCUGCUGUGGCCCCGGGUCCUGGCCGUGGCUCUCUUCUCCGCUCUCUUCCCCUACUCUGUGGCCCUGCACUUCCUGGGCCUGUGGCUGGUGCUGCUCCUGUGGGUCUGGCUGCAGGGCACGGACUUCAUGCCAGAUGCCCGCUCUGAGUGGCUGUACCGGGCCACCGUGGCCACCAUUCUCUAUUUCUCCUGGUUCAACGUGGCCGAGGGCCAUACCCGGGGCCGCGCCACCAUCCACCUGGUGUUCCUCCUGAGCGACAGCAUCCUUGUGGCAGUCACCUGGUCGACUCACACCAGCUGGCUGCCCAGCGGGAUCCCACUGCACGUGUUGCUGCCCGCGAGUGGUCUCUGCUUCCUUCUGGGCCUGGCUCUGCGGCUCGCCUACUACCGCUGGCUGCACCCGAGCUGCCGCUGGGAGCCUGACCGGGUGGAUGGGACCCGGGGCUUCCGCUCCCUCGAGGGCCUUCAGCUGCCUCACAACAGCCGCAUGACCCGGUUGGCACAGAACUUCUUCCCUAGGGUUAGGGAGGCGGAGGCUGCUUUGCCACGGAAAGAAGAGGUGAAUGGGGUCCUUUGAGGCGAGGCCAGACCCAGCAGGCCCAGAACGGAUGGACUCAACUGGUAGAAUCCAGAGGAUAAGCUAAUGAUGCUGCUAUUAGCCUUGAUUCCCUCCAGAAGCACCCGAUGCCCGAUGUGACAGGCCCUGGAGACCCGAGUUGAGUAAAGACUCAGGCCUGCCUUUGAGGAUGAGAACUAGAUGCGAACGGCUGGGCCCUGGAGAGUCAGGGGCUCCAGUUACAUACAGGACACUUUGGAAGGAAAGAAGAGACCCCGCCCCUUCCCCAUCCCAUUCCCACCAACUGAAGAGUUGGUACCCCAGAGCUCCUAGAGAUGGUAUUUUCGCCUCCCCGGCCAUCUUCAACAUCAUUGGUGGAAGUGCUGUCCCACGGCUUGGUUCCCUGAUCCUGGACUAGAAGGCCCAGGAUCUCCAGGUUGUGUUCAGAAUUCUUCCCCUCUGCCUUACCUGUCAUUCUGGUCAUCCAACAGAUGUUUACCGAGAGCCUUGUCUGUGGCAGGAAUAUUCUGUCCUUGGAGUCUGGAACAAGACUUCCCUCUCUAGCUACUCCUGAGUGGGUGGUCAUGCUGGAAGCCAGGGAAGUCCAGGCCCUGUCCGCCUCCCCAAGGCUUCAGUGCAGCCAGCCCGGCCUCUGGCCCUGCUCUCAAGUGGCCAUCUUUCAGCCAAGUGCUUGUGACCCUGUGGUCUGGGCCAUGGCACAGCCCGUUGAGUAUUUUUCUACUUUAGACAGUACACUUUCUACCUCAGAGUCUAUGUGAGAGGAAGAGAACGUGCAUCCUUACGUGUCUAUGCAAGUGAAGGACAUGUAUGUGGUGUUUUUGUUUAACAGUAUUACUAGAUUAUUAUUAAAACCUCAUGAAACCCUCCAAA